AUGAUUGAACCUACUGCCAUAAUUGACCUCACCACCUCCAGAGCUGCAAGGAAUCCGACGUCGUCAGCAACACAUCUGACCACUGCGAGAAAUCUUCAGGCUACGCUGGAUGAUGCAAAAGCGGGACUCCGAAUAGUCAAUGCCCGUGCUGAACUAUCCGCACAUACGUGGGAUGGUAUUGAAGAAUGGGUCGGUGAAGAUGGUGCUCUGGGACUCAAAGAUCCUAAGAUCGUUGAGAGUGAUGUACAAGCGCAGAUCUCUUUCCUAAGAAAGCUCAAGUUUCUUUACCUGGAACAAAAUGCAAAGGAUAAAUAUGUGAAGACCAUUGUCAGUGACGACGCCCCACUGGUGACACCUGUGCUAAACGAAGAACUCCGACUACGGAAUGAGGAGAAGAAGGCUGCGCUGCGUGAGCACAAAGCGAAGCUAGCAGAGAGAAGGGAUGAUCUCCGAGCACUUUCUGGAUUCGUAGAAGAAGGCUCGUUUCCUGGACUACUGCAUUACAAGAAAGCACAGGCCCUCACUCUCCAAGCAUCCACACUCUCACAAAAGAUACUCGAUGCGCGUUUAUCACUUACCCGCUUGCGACAGGCCCAUCCCCAUCCUCGACUAACAAUAACCACGGCGAACCAGCAACUCGAUGGUCAAGUAGAAGAGAUGCAAGCACUAGACGCGGAACUCGCAUAUGCGCACGAGAAGAUUGCCACUGUACGAGAGCGGAUAAAAGUUGGGACGGGUGAGGUCGAGAAGCUGAGGAGUGUCAGGGCAGAGGUCGAGAAGGCUGUGGAAAUCGGCGCGGGUGAAAGAGUGGAAGACGGAAGAGUGGUUGGACUGUAUGAUUGGUUCUCAACCACGACCUCAACCCACCAUGCGCUCGUUUCGCUUCUCUCUGCGUAUAGUGAGUCCGGCAACGAGCUACGCCUCGCCUACCGCGUGCAUGAGCGUGAGGUAUGUAUGACGCUGUUGUUCAUACCUAAUACGCGUCGCUUGGCCGAGGCACGGGUGGAGGGUGUCGAGGAAAGCGCAAUUGGAGAUGUCGUGGAUGCGCACGUCAUGGCAAACGAUGUAUCCGGGCUUGUGUGGGCUGUGCUCGCGAGAGCAAGGGCUACAUAA